AUGGCUACUACUACGCAUCCUACGCCUAGUUUCGACAUCACUGCAGCCGAUGACAUGGACUUGCACUCGGACGAUGGCAUUCUCGGCUACAACGAUGGUGACAUCGAAUUGGAUUUAGAGCCUCCGCCUGCAUAUGGCCCGGACGAUGAUGUCUCUAUCGGCGAUGCUGCCUCGGCCAAUGGAAUGGAUGCCCAGAUUGCUCCCGGCGGUGACAAUGAUGAUUACAUGGUCGACCAGGAGGAUGUCAUUGAAGAGGACUAUAGUUACCAAGAUCAAGACGUCGAUGUGGAUGUGGAUGUGGAUGUGGAUGUUGACGUCGAUGUCGACACCGUUGCCGAACAGCCCGCUGCAGCCCACCCCGCCGCAACUCAGGUGGAAGCUGAAGUCCAAGAUGAAGACCUACUUGACUAUUCUGAAGAGGACGAUGAUUAUCACGACACAGCGCUUCGUUCACCCUGGUUACAGCAACAUGAUUCUAUGCAAGAUGAACCGGGUCCGGUCCAGGAUGCACCUGCUCAGCAAGACGAACCUCUUGAGAUGCAGAAUGUGCCUGCUCAGCAGAAUGAACCCUCUGAGACCCAUGAUGCGCCCGCUCAGCAAAACGAACCCCCACAGGCGCAGGAUGCACCAGUCCACCAGGACGAAAUACCUGCUGAUUUACAAGCUCUAAUGUCCACAAACACAAGCAAAAACUCACAGAGCCCACAUGCGCACUCUGACGUCGUUGCUGACGGAAGCACGAAAGGCGAUAACAAUGAGAUCUCAACCUGUGCUCAGUCAGCUGAUCCCAAUGAAGAAGAUGCUCAGACUGAUGGUGACGAUGGCGGCAUUACGCUCAAAGACCAAGAGGAGCAUGCAAGUGCCGAAAGUGGCCACAAUCACAUGCAGCCUCCUCGCCAUGAUCAUGAUGAAUCUGCUCAAGUCAAUGAACAUGGGGAAGAUGCUUCUGUUCAGCAGCUACCACCUGUCACUGUGAAUUGCAUGGGCGAAGAGCUAUGGCUUUUCAAGCAGCAUGACUAUGAGAACAGUGGUGACUGGCUCCUUGCUGACGUAUCAGUGGCCAAAACGAGCAUGUCGGAUCUUUUCCAAGCAUGUCGUUCAGCAUUGGGCCACGAGGUGCUGAAUGGAAUGGAGAUUGGCUUCCGCUUUGAUCACUUUCAAAACAUGGAGCUGUUUGAAGAGAACACGGCUUGCGUAGCCAUCUCCCUCGAACGCCUCGUGGGCUAUUACCAUGCGCUCCAUGAACAGGAUGGUAACAACGAUCCAGACUCGUUUUACGUGACUUUGAUGUAUCGCCCACGCUUCGCUACCUUGCUCGCAGACAUAGCAAGAUAUGCUGACAACGGACGUGGCUACUCUGGGCUCGAAGCUGCUAUCGCUGCAGGCGAGACUAACUUUCAUAGUGCACCUCUUGAUCCUCCAGCCGAGGAAAACACCGAAUGGGAUACUGAGGGGCAAGAACAGGAGCAGGUCCAGGAUCAGGAGCUGCAACAUGGGGAUGAUGAGGAAGACAGCUACGAGAGAGAUGCGAGUGAGCAAUCAGAAGAGAAAGGUUCGAACGGACAAACGUAUGAGGAAGAUUUGAAUGACGCUAGGCCCGCAGAAGAUGCAAACGAGCAAAGCAAUAUUGAAAACCAGGCUCCGCAAGACGUCAAUGUCCAAGUGCAUGCAGGAGACCAACCUGAGCUAGAGGAUCAAGACAAUCAAGAUGAACAGACUUACGCAGCAGCUGAGCCUCAGCAAGAUCCUGGCCAGGAGUAUGGCCAUGAAGAGGAUGGCACGCAAGACUCUGUCGAGGAAGGGGGUGUUGAGGUUGGCGAAAGCGUAGAGGCUGCGACUGAAAACGUGUCUACCGGAGGCCAUGAAGAGGAUGUCGAUGUGGAUCACGCACCACAGCCUCCUAGUUCUAGUGAAAUCUCUACAAACCCACAAAGGGUUGAAGGCUACCCUGAACAGACACGCUCACAGUCUCAUGAGCAGACUGCAGCGGAACUGGAGGCCCGUCGCUUGCAAGAGGAAGGCGACAUUAUUGAUUACAGUGAUGGAGAGGACGAGGAGUCCGCUGCUGUCGAGGGGGUUGAAGAAGCACCUCAUACUGAGCCAUCGCCCUCGCCCGCCACUGUGCAAGGCGACGAAACAUCCAACGCGGAGAGGCAGUCACCUGCUGCAGGAUCGCCAAGUAUUGGCAAGCAAACAAACGCAGACGAGGACCAAGGCAGCUUCGACGCUACAGAAGACCCUAACGUCGACGCCGAGCAGGACUUUGACAGUGAUCCCAAUGAAUACUGGGAAUACGAUGAAGCCCUUGAAGCCCUUGAAGAAGUCGACCCUGAUGAGUCGCAAUCGGAUGAAGUCCAAAACGACAGCACCAACUUUGGGUUUGAUGGCGAUGCUAACCAAGACUAUGGCGGCUAUGAAUACCAGGACUUGGUGCAACAAACAGAGGCGGAAUUCACAAAUGGAGAAGAUUUUAAUGGUGGUGAAAACACUGCAACGGAUGGCGAUUACUCGACGAGCGCGAAUGAUGUCUUGGAUGUGGACAAUGCGCAGUGGACUGUCGACCAGAACCUAGGCCAAGACGUUGCGGAGACGACGAUGGGACAUGAAGACGACAAUGUCGAGGCUCAAGACGAAGAGGAUGGCGUGGCUGGACAGCUCGGCAGUGCAACGUCUUCGGCUGCAGAUCCUACGACGGCCUCGUCUACUGAUGCCCAUGAUGUGUCUUCACAAGGACGCAAGCGAUCUAUCGACGAGGCUGGACAUGGAGUGGACAUUGCAUCCGACUCUAUAGACGCCAAACGCGCGCGAGUGUGA